GGCAUGAUCUAUCUGGUUCAAGGUAUCAGCUCAGUGUGACUAAUAGUUCCAGCUGGCUUAUAAUUGCUUUCAGUCUUUUAUUUCAGCACCUUUCUCAGCUAUGAAGAUGAAGAAUCUUCUUUUGGGAGUUAUUCUUGGACUUCUUGCUGUUGUCCGUUCAAAACCUGUUAAUAAUGUGACCCAGGACCCUGCCAAAGCUGAUGAGGCCUUUCUUAAGGAUGCCAUGACGGAGGGGUUCAUCAUUGACUCUCCCCCUACGCUUACAACUGAAUCACCCAAAAUAAAUACCACGGUUCAAGCGUCACAGCAGCCAGUUUCUAACUCUGACGACAUGAUUGAGGGCAGUGCUUCAGGAGACGCCACCGACAUGUCAACAACCUCCGUCUCACCGUAUGCAACCAUGCCUCGGGGUCUUUCACGUGCUCAGAUCUCUGAAUCCACAGAGGGUCACAUGUUUGAGGGCAGUGGUUUAGGAGGGCCCAAUGAUGAAUCAACGACCUCCUUCGUGCUCGAUACAGCAGCAACUCAGAGCGUUACACAUGCUCCAACGUCUGGCUUCACACAAAGUUACAUAUUCCAGGGGAGUGUUUCAGGAGAGUCUCCCGUCUUUCUCCAGUCUACCACAACUUCAGUGCCAAGUGAAGCCCGGUCAGGCAUCACUUCAAACCGCAUGCUGCGUGCUGGUUCAAGGUCUGGAAAGGUGACAGGAACUGAUGCCAGCUCCACUAUGAUGGCUAACAACGUUACAGAACUUCCCAUUGUACCAGCAGGACAAGGUCCACAUGUAAAUGUGGGCAGUUCACAGAAACUAGCUGUUAAUAAAGACCCACAGACACAGGAGACAGAUCCUGAACCAAGAAAUGGACAUGUUACACCCGACUGGAUCAUCAUCCUUGGCUUUAUUGUUGGGGUUGCAGCACUUGUAAUGCUCUGUGUUGCCAUUGCCACCAGACACAAGUGGAAUCGAGCAAACCAGGCAACAGUGGCUACAAGUAACUCCUCAGACCAGCAGAGGGAGCAAGAGAUGGAAAAUUUCCUGCCCAGUGACAAGCCCAAGGAGAAUGGAAAUUCAGUGUACACUGUCAUUCCCCUGGAAGAUCUUCAAGAAAAUGGCUCAACAAAAUGAGGUUCAGAAACAGACCCUUUAGAAAAUCAAAAGAGAACCACAAGACUGUGUUUGAAGCAUAAUAAUUUAAUAUGAGGAACUGCUGAGCAAAAGGGGCUUUGUGGACUUGUACACCUCUAAUCCCGGAAUGAAUGAGAACCAUGUUUUUUUCUGUUUGUUUCUUUUGUUCUUUUCCCACUGUCAUUAAAAACAUUUCAUGAGACCUUUAGCUGCAGCAAAUUUUGGUUAAUUUAUUGCCUCAUUGAUUUUUUUUUUAAUUCAUAUUCUUAUGUGUUGGUCAGGUAAUCUGGUAAUUUAUUUCAAAUGGAACUAAACUCGCUGCAGUGUUUUGUUUUUGGUUUUUUUUGCGGUUUUUCUUUGUAAUUGAUGUGGUUUCCUUUUUUCUAGUUGAAAAAAAAAACGUGUCAUUUUUUGCGAUAUUACAUAAUAAUCUUAUUGAAGACUAUCUUGUUGACUGUAACUUAUAUUAAGCUGCUCUGUUGUUUUCAUUGUGGAAGCUUGGAGUACUGAACAAGUACUAUGUCUAGUUCCUCUUCACAGCACUAUGUGCGCUGUGGUAGCAUGCACUUAUUGAACAUUCAUAUGCUGCAUCGCAUCCUCCCCCGUAUGAGAAAUAAUCACAACAGUGGCUCAUCAAUAAACAUUUAUUUGCUUCCAAUAAUCUUUACACACAUGUAUUAAAACAUUUACACACUUUCA